GUUAGAUUUCCUGCUUGUAUCAGUGACAUGCAGAUGUUCUAGAUAAAGCAGCACACACAGCAUCUUCAUAAAGGAAGUCAAUAACCAACAAUACACUUUCUUAUAGAAAAGAGACUCUGUUUAAUCUCACCUGGUGGAGGGUUCAGCCCCAGAGUCUCAGUUGCUGUGGGUCUGUGAACAGGCGGGGGGUCAUUUGUGGGUUUGUGAAGAAGACCAAUAUCCUCCAUUGCUGCUAUGGCUGCCGAGCAGGGAACAGGUUGUGAGGCAAACAACAAAUGACAACAUAUGCUUUUACAAUAACAUAUCAGGCUUCUAGCAUCAAUUACUUUGUUGAUAUCGGUCUUAACGCGCUUUUUACUCAUAUUUAAUCCGUUUACACCAAAGUCAUCCAGAUGUAUUUGCAGAGGAAAGCGUUUCAGGUCUGUCAUUUAUCAACAAAGUAAGUCCAAACAGCUUUUAUGCGUUUAGUUUUCAUGUUUUCCUCUCUUUUUGUGCAGCUAAUUAUGUGCGAAUGUUGUUGUGGAAGGCUGAAACCACCAUGAAGUCCCUCUGAAAUGAGUCGUAUUUUGGUGUUUGCUUACAUAGUGUUACACAUUUGAAAACGUCGCGUAGACCCGUCGGUUCCAUCCAGAUAAAGUCACAGUUUUCACCCUCUGCUCGCUUUUCUCUCCAUCACAGAUAAGAGUGUAAAACUCCUCCACCUUUGGCUCCGUCAGCUCACGGCUAACGUUGAUAAAUUAUCCAACCGCCUGAUCUGUGCAGCUCCAUACUGGCAGCUGCCAUGUCUGAGCAUGCGCACUGGCCUUCAACACACAGCUAUGUUUAUGUUGUCUGAAGAGAGAGUGGCGGGAGAAAUAUCCAGAUAACCUACUCUAUUCAAUAGUUAAUUAAAGAUUUACAUCUCCUUUAUUUAAAGCUGAUAUUUGUGAAUGUCUUAGUUAUAUGUAGCUAAAAUAUAUGGAAGUAAACCUGUGCCAUCUGGUUUUGAAUUUGAAUUUCUAAAACUGAAAUUUUUUUUGCAUCAAAAUCAGACUUGAAUGUCAAAAACAUCACAUUUUAAGCACUCAUUUUUAUUUCUUACACUUAUUUUUUUUCACAAUGAGGAAAUAAAUUCAGUGUAAAAAAAAGUAUCAAAAUAUCUGUAUUGUCGGAAUUAAAAUACAAGGAGAGCAUUUGAAGGUUCAAGUUAUUUUUAGGGUUUUGGGGAAAAAAGGCAACAUAAAACAGAAAGACAUUUAUAGCUUUGCUCAUCCUCCUGCUGACUUGAAAGCAAGGGAAGGAAGGAAACUAUCAGGGAGUUCAACGUUUUUGCUCAGGGUUUCAUCCUUCACUUGUUUUAAUGGGUACAGCGCAAGGCAAAGGUUUGCUCUUCUGGGGCAAAAUCAGAGCCAUGUUCUUUGACUGACAAUUAUUUUAAUUUUGUGGUAUAACUCCUCACAUGUAGGGCAUGGAUAUCCAUCUUGGUUGUAUAUAUUUUAGUGGGUGGCGUGGAGUGAUUCAAAUCCAGGGUUUACCCUAAACCCAGGUGGUUAUUUCCACUAACCACAUCUAUCUUAACUUAUAAAAGUGAGGAAUCAAUAAAAUGUUAUUUUCUUGUUUGUAAUAUUCAAUUCUGAAAGGUAACUCAAUAAAGUGAGGACAUUUAAAUCUGCUGAUCUUAAUUCUUCUGGGGACUCAAAAUAAAGAUAUGUCAAAAAUCACAGUUUGAAGUUACCGCUCAGUUACCCCUGAACUACUAUGAUGACUUUAUUAGUCCUCUAAACUAAAAUGGUGGACUUUUAUGUUUUUGACUUCAUGUUGUAGCUCAUAGAUACCACAAUUGAUGUAUAAAACAAUUUUAAAAUGAUCUUUUUUGGUCUGAACACAAUUCUAAUCAAACUUAUGACAGACUAAAUUCACUUUACAGAGUGAAAAAUGUUGUUUUUCUGUAAAUAAAUGUCUAACCCCUUCACCCAUGUGCUUCUAACCUUCACAGACUCCAUGAAUUGAUGACCAUCUCUUAAAUAUUUGGUCACAAGAUCAAUUUCUUUUACCAUUUCAAAGCAACAGGGGUUGGAUCAACUUACCCCACUGUCACCUAUGUCUCUUAACUGUUUGUGCAGGUUUAGCUUUUGGACACUAGAUGGCGAUAAUGGACUGUUGUAAAACUCCAUAUACAGUCUACGGGAAACCUCACACUGUAGAUAUCAUUAUAUCACCACUGCACUAUUUCCAUGUGGUAACUUUUUAACCUGCAGAGGUUGUCGUUUUUUUUUAGACAAAACUUUAUCAAACCAGGACUUUGAGUGGAUGUUGUUAAACAGUAAACUGUGCUCCAUUUCUCUCUGUACUACAGCUGUAGUUCUGGCAGGGACGGAGGGGACUUACCGUCAUGUUCGACUAUAAAACCACAACUUUCGGUUUCUCUUGUUGAAGUUGAAGCUCGCGCGACGUACCGGGAGCUAACGUCUGACCGUUGGGGAAUCAUUAGCCGACAUUUGUCGUUAAAUAGUGGCUCUACCGUCGAUUUUUUUACGUUUUCAAGCCUCAUAAUCAUCGAAGUUGACUCGUCGUUCGGAAAUGUGAGUAAAAUUUGACCUGAAUACGCACUAACUUAGCUAAACUGAGCUAGCCAACAUCACCGUCACAUACACACUAAUGUAUGCUCACAUGCGUCGUGGUUUAUGUUGUGGUUGUGUUGUGGUUUAUAUGGGUGUGUUACUCCGCUCCGUAUAUCUGUAGGUCACUUUGUUUGUCUUUGGGCUUUUUGCCAAUCUGCUUAAAAGAAAUCAGCAGGGUAGAAGAAAACGAAAGUAAAUGCUGUACAGAGACAGUAAAGGCUCAAAUAUACUGAAAGUCGUUGUGCUGUUUACUGGGUAUUCCCCUAUUGUGUGACAUGUUGCCUGCUGUUUACACAUAUUUUAAAUUUCCUAAAUGUUUUUCAUUUUGGACUAACAUAUUCCAAAUUCUUACAAAAGAUUUGCAUAAUACUAAAGCUUGACAUUCAACUGGUGCUGUAAGAGUCUCUUUGCCAGUUUUCUUAACUUAAUAAACGCCCCCUAUGAGUGAAGUUGUUAUCCUAUCCAAAUGAAGAAAAAUCUCUAAGAUUGACCCUUUUUUCAUUUCUUACACUAUUAAGAAGUGCAAACUAUAAUUACUGAAAACGUUGUUUGUAUUCUUUAUUUACAUUGUUAAGGAGAAAGUGGAGUGACAAGGAAGUGAAGCAGUAAAACCUACUUUACCCAAUAAAAGCUUUAUAGAGUUAAUGUUUUAACAUGUUAAAUGCAGCUGUAAUUGGGUUGUUAAUAUGAGCCUAAUCAGUGAAACCUGAUAACAUUGUUCUGAAGUUUGACUUGUUUCUCUGACCUUCUCUGCAGACCCUGUGAAUUAUGCAGAAAAUGAACUACUUCUUCCCUGUACUCUUCGUCUGCCUGGAUGUCUGCGUGGUGCACGCCCUCCGCUUGGCCCACCUCUCACCUGUGCUCAUCCCCCAUCCGUACGUCGCUCUGUGGGGAGGAGCGUUGACCCGGGCUGCCAUCCUCGUCUUCCUCACCCUCACUUACCCUGGUAGCCUACCAUGGAUGAAAAGCUCUGCAGGUCUGCAGAGUUUAGGGGUUCUUUGCUUCCACUUCCCAGUGUACACCACUCUUCUCUGGGUGCUGGGACAGUCUACCAUGGAGGAAGUGUGGGGGUGGCACUCCUGGGACAGGGUGGGUAGCUGAUUAAGAACUGUAUUUGAAAACCUUAUGUUGCAGGUGCAGAUGAGCUGGGAUUGAUCCAACUACUGUUUUAUUGCUGACUGAUCACCUUUUUCCUCAAGCUUGGCUCAAAAUGAUGACUAAAGGUCACCUUUUGUUGCUAGUCUGAUAGCUUUCUCUGAUAGUUCAGUGUUUUAUUAUCAGACAAGUCACCCCGUGUAGUGAAAAGUGACGCAAUCUUGAAACAAAAAAAUGUAGUCCACCAAUAAUCAACCAUUUCUUCUUUCACUUUAUUGAGCAAUGUCUUUAAGGGUUACAUAACCUGUCCUUAUAGAAUUAAAAAACGUGUUUUAAAUAUAAUAUCUACUUUUUGCAAAUGAGCCAUUGAGCCCUGUACAUGAACAGAACCAAAAGUGAAAGUUGCCAUUUUCGAAAUCCUUUUUCUUUUGCAUUAAAUGGUUAACCUCGGAUGCCUUAUCUGUAUUUUACCCAUCAUUUGUCUUGCAGGUGUUACAGGGUUAUGCUGUCACAGUGGUGGCAUGGCUCUACUGGAGUCGAUACGUGUCUUCUCUUUUGGUCUCUUGGGGUCAAUACAUCUCGUCUCUGUGGAAGAAGACACCAUCUGAGGACCCUGACGACCACACCGGUGCCUCUCUGAAGAGACUGUUGGGGUACAUGAGGCCCUAUUUUGGACGCUUUGUGGCUGUAUUGUGCCUAGUUGUUCUCUCUUCUUAUGGUAAGUGAAACAACAACUUUAAUGUGGUUAUUUUCUGUGUUUUAAAGUAGUUUUUGUGUUUUUCUCUGUAAUGCCACAAAUUAGUUUAAAAGUUAUGAGUUUAGAACAAAGUAGAACUUAUUUUAGGAUUGUUUUUAAGCUUUAACUUUGAAUUGAGACAUUUUUAAAGAUACAUUUUAAAACUUUUUGUUGUCUUUGAAGCUAACACACAGUCGUAAAAAUCACACUACUUGAUUUCAAUGAUGUCAAUAUGAUACAGUAGCAGGGAGAAGAAGGAUGUAUAGUCUGGACUCGUAGAAAAACAAGAGACUCUGUUGACUCCCCCAGAUCAAUAUUGUGUCAAUGUGAACUUCUGCCCUCAGGUGAGAUGGCUAUCCCCCAGUACACAGGGCGUGUGGCAGACUGGAUCCUUAAUGAAGAGGAACCUGAUGCUUUCACAGAGGCCAUCAAAUUCAUGACACUAAUGACUAUUGCCAGGUAAUGUAGCCUUUGGGACAAAACAAUUUUAUUUUAAAAUGGACUUCAAAUUUUAGGGCCCUUUUCUUUGGAAUUGGUGGAAUAACAAAGUUACAGGAUGUAACCACAGCUAGCAAAACUUCUCCUUUUUAUUCUGGAGAAGAGAUAUUAUUUGAAAGUUAAAUAAUUUGGGUGUUCGACAGCGUAACAUGUAUGGCCUCCUCUGUUUCAGUGCUGUGCUGGAGUUUUGCUGUGACCUCAUGUACAACAUCACGAUGAGCCUGGUCCACACCUCAGUGCAGGGAAUUGUCUUCCAGGCUGUGAUGAAACAGGAGAUCGCCUUCUUUGAUGCCACCCCUACUGGUUAGUUGUAAAUACUUCAUCAGAUUAAUUGCACUUGUGCUGAGGCUUUUGAUUUGCUUUUUUAUGGACUUUGUGUUGGCUGGUUUAAACUCAGGAUUAAACAACACAUUGAAGUCACGCUGCAAGUGUUUUCAUCGUUUUGACGAGGCUUAUGCACAUUCUGUUUCUCUCAGGUGAACUGGUAUCCCGCAUCACCACAGACACGAACAACAUGAGUGAAGCUCUGAGUGAGGAACUCAGUCUGCUGAUGUGGUACUUCGCACGUUUUGCCUUCCUCUUAUACUUCAUGGUGAGCCAGUCCUGGAAGCUGACCCUGCUCACCUGCAUGGGCCUGCCCAUCAUCUGGGUCAUACCUGAGCUCACAGGAGGCUUCCACCAGGUAAAGAGAAGCACCAUUCUGAUGAGACUUGAGAAUGGAUGUAAGGUACUUGUGUACUGUGAAAGAGACCGUCCUAUUGGUACAGUUGGCAGUGCAGUUAGUGUGAUGCACCCAGACCAACACUUUUAAAGUGGCCUGUGAUUGUUAAAACCUGUCAGUAAGAUGCAGUGACUGAUUCAGGCUUCAACUAUUGGCAUCUGGGAUUAUUUUUUGUAUCUAAGCAGCAGUACACUGACAAAGCUGAAUCAGUUUUCAGCUUUUGUAUUUAUAGUUUUUAUAUAUUACUUCAUUUUUCCCCUAAAUGAGUAUCACUUACACUUAUAACCUACUUUGUCUUGUUGUUUUAAACUCAAAAAUGACAGAAGAGGCUAACUGGAAAUGCUGAUUGGCCGAUGUACAAUGCUGAUGUCAUGUUGUUAUUGUUGUUUUGCAUUUGAUUGAUUAAAACAGUUAAAUAAUAUUAAGAUUGACAUCUCAUAUAAAUUUACUUUUAUUAUUCCAUGCACAAAACAAUCUAAUAUAUGUAUAUAUAACUAUCUUAGCCAGUAACAUGUUUUAUAUGUAUUUUUAAUUUGAUGUAUUUUUAUCCCCACCUCAGACUAUCGCUCGAAAGGUCCAGGAGUCACUGGCUAAGGCCAACCAGGUGGCCACAGAGACUUUCUCCUGCAUGAAGACCGUGAGGAGUUUCGCCAACGAAGAUGGGGAGACAGAGAGGUACAGACUACAGCUGGAGGAAACCUACGCCCUUAACAAACAGGAAGCAGCAGCGUAUGCAGCCACCACCUGGGCAAACAGCGUAAGUUAAAACCUUAUUAAAGUGAAAGUGCAGGGUUUUCUUUUCUGCUGUGUUUGUAUAGGAGUAAUUUUGCUCUAUGUCUGUAGGGUAUAGAAAAACAUGCAUGUAAUAUUUGUAAUGUCACUUGACAGGACGUAUACUUGCAGAGGAACAUUUGAAUACUGUUUUGCAUAAUAGCUUAAAUAUAUAAAUCACUGUCUUUUUCCAGUUUGCCACCCUGGCCCUGAAAGUGUGUAUCCUGUACUACGGGGGGACUCUUGUGACCAGGGGGGCUGUCAGCAGCGGUGAUCUGGUGUCAUUUGUUCUCUAUGAGCUGCAGUUUGCUUCAGCUGUCGAGGUAAACCACAGAAUAAGUUUGAGUUAUUUACAGUGUCGUGACACAUGUUUGACACAGACUAUGAUGGGCUGAUUGUUGAAAAUAUGUAAAUAGUUGAAAUGCCUCAUUCCUCCUCCUCUUCUCCAGGCUGUCAUGCGUUAUUACCCAGAGGUGAGGAGGGCAAUCGGUGCCUCUGAGAAGAUCUUUGAAUAUUUGGAUCGCAAACCUAAAGUACCUCCAGAGGGUACUUUGGCCCCCCAAAAUCUUGAGGGACACAUUCAGUUCAAAAACGUCUCAUUUUCAUAUUCGGAGGAGACAGAAAAAAAUAAUUCUGUGCUCAAGGUAUGUUUGUUUAGGCAUUAAUAUCCCACAUGUACAUAACUAAAUUGCAUCAUUCAUUCAAGCUUUGUAAAAUGAUUAUUCCUCCUCUCUACCAGGACGUGUCUCUGGACAUUAAACCAGGUCAAAUCACUGCCCUAGUGGGCCUUAACAGAUCAGGGAAGUCCAGCUGUGUGAAGCUGCUGGAGAGGUUUUACCAGCCGCAAGUCGGGGAGAUUUUACUGGAUGGGGAACCACUGCAGAGCUACAAAGACCAGUACCUACAUGAUAAGGUUUGUCGUCAAAGACUUAUAUUAGCUGAUAUAGUCGUACAAAUAUGAUGAUAAAAGGAGGAUUAAUUAUUAUUCAUUAAAGGUGUCAUCUCAGGUUCCUUAAAAUGGGUCUUAAAUUUCACUUCUUUGCUCUGUUUUUACUGAUUGUUUUAUUAUGACUGAUCACAGAAUAGGAAGGACUUUUGCACAUAAUUUUCCUUAUUUUUUUCAGCUAUUGUCCUUAUUGUCAACCACCCCCCAAAAAAGCUGUUACACUUGGAAGUCACAAUCCUUUCCUCUCCAUCUUGUUUUUUAACAGAUUGCUGUUGUGAGCCAAGACUGUGUGCUGUUUGCUCGCUCUGUGCGCGAGAACAUCAAGUACGGCUUGGAGGACGCUUCCGAUGAGGAGAUGUUCAGAGCUGCCAAGCUGGCGAGUGCCCACGACUUCAUAAUGGACCUGUCCAAUGGAUACGACACAGGUUUGACCCAUAGACUCCGAUUUUGUUGGAGGGGAUGAGUUAGAAUCUUCAUAAGAAUCUGAAACUGAUUUCUGUUUGUCUUCGAUUUUGUUUUCAAAGCUUUCUCAGUUUUAAAUCAGUUCCUUGUUUGUUAGUUCGGUUGGAUUCUAGAGCGCACUGUCCCUUUUGUUAAAACUUAAAUCUGUUCAUCAUUUUCAGUGGGUUAAUCCAUCCCAUAGAAACACAAAUACGAUGACAGUAUGCUCCUCUGUUGGACAGAUGCUGGAGAGAAGGGAGGGCAGGUGUCUGGAGGUCAGAAGCAGCGCAUCGCCAUCGCCAGAGCUUUAAUCAGACGUCCUAGAAUCCUGAUACUGGACAACGCCACCAGUGAUCUGGACCCCGAGAAUGAAUACCAGGUGGAAAAAUCUCACAUUUUUCUGAUUAUUUAUUAUUGUUUUCUACAUUUUUAUACUGAAACCAAGACAUUAUUGUUCUCACCAGGUCCACCAAGCUCUGCUCAAACAAACCAAGGACUGCACCGUGAUGUUAAUCUCCAACAAAAUGAGUGUUGUGGAAAAGGCCGAUCAUAUAAUUGUCCUUUAUGAAGGCAUGGUGAAGGAGGAGGGAAGUCAUGAUGAGCUGCUGGAGAAAGAUGGCCAUUAUGCUGAGCUGGUGAGGAAGCAGAAUACAGGCUUUCACCGUCAAGGAGAGGAGGAGAAGGAGUUACAGUGAUCUGUGCGGGCAGCAGUACUAACGUAGUCUGAUUACUGGAGGGUUGCUGGUUGAAUGUCCUGACUUUCAGCUGCAUUUAGAACAUUUGAAUAUUAGCUACGGAUGCAAAACUUUCUGCAUCUGUCUGCCACCCUACAUCAGUAACCAAAGUCCUACCCACUAAUUGACACAACAAACACACACCUGAUGAGACGAUGGGCAAGGUAACUCAUUUCAUAUUCAUUACCCACAACUAGCAACCAGACUUCUGAACAUGUUCGAUCCAGAUCAACAGAAACACUGCUGACAAAAAAUAUUAAUAUUAAUAAAGUUAAUAUUAAGAGCAGCUGCCAAAGUCAGACAUUUCAACCUAAACUUCAAUGGAAGUGUCUACGGCAGGUACAAAGCGUCAAGAGCGGAGGAAUGCUGUUUUUUUUUUUGGAGCAACCUUAAUUGUGAGGAUAGGUUUGUAUGUAAAGUGUACUUUGUAGAGGCUUUUUUUGCACAUUGUGAAUUCUUCUUUGUGUGCCUUGGCCAUUCAGAAGACCCUAAAGGUGUGUUUCCACCGUGGGGUCUGCUUUGGUUCAGUAAAGUGCGGCACCGUUUGGUAGGGUAAACCCUGAUCUUGCAUUUCCACAGCAGAACCCGGCUGCAUGACAGCCUCAGAUGGGCUUGAAUUUUGGUGUGCACAUGAUGCUUUUACUCUGACACAGAUUUCAGGGCCGUUACUUGAUUAAAGAAGUAACUUUCACCUUUUUCUAUUUGGGCUUCAGGUGAUUUUUCACAGCAAAAUAAGUUUUCAUUAAUCACAUUAGCUGCAGGUAAGCUAACGUGAUUAUUCAAUAAUAUUAAAUCUUUUGGUUCUCAUCUCCCUCUGUAGCAAUCACUGUGCCCCUCUCACUUCUUGUGUCGGUAUGUGAAUUUUCCGAUCAUUUAUAUACUGUUGGCAGCUCAUCACACCACAAAACAUUUCCUGAUAAGAAUAAAAACGUAGAUAAAAUCGAGUCAUAAUUUAUUAAUCAAAUAAAUCAGGUUAAGAGAUAUAAUCCAGUAUGAUCUCCUUCAUCUCAAUCAUUACAUUUAGGGUCAGGUUAGAACCCUGUACCCUAACAAAACAGUGCCAAACGAGCAGGAUUGUAUGGGUUUGUCAUUAGGGUCCCAGUUUUUGGCAGUAGGAACAUAAAUAUUUGUGCAUCAUACUGUCCCUGACCCCUUUGUGAAAACCCAUCAUAAGUAAUCUUUCUGAACCCCUUUAGUUUGAGAGAGACUGGUUCUACUUGAAUUUGGUGAUAUGGAUAAAGUCCUGUAUCAGGGUCCAUUUAUACCUAUCUGUUUUAGACCUACAGAGAAAUUACUAAAUAUGAUAAAUGACACUUCUGUAGUGUAUCACCCUUAGUUCAUCAUUAAUUGAAUUAUUAUGACGUCAUAUUUAUAUGCCCACAGUGGUCUCUCACAGAUGUAGAGAUCAUAUUUAAAGGGUAAUUGUCUAUAUCAGUUCUUUCCAUGGUGUUCAUGAUCAUAUUUCCAAACCGACCAGUUCCUUAAGUGAAACUUUUGUGUAUUUGUGAUGGUAAAAGGAGUUUUUAUUGAAGAAAGUCUGAUGAUGACAGUACAUUAAGUUAAACAAUGUAGAUGAGGGAGAGCUGAAUCUACUGGCUUUAUGGAGGUCUUGGUUGUGAGAGUAGAUGUUUUGUACCGUAUUUUUGCACUUGUCUUCUCUCUGUUGCCUUUUUCUGUAUUAGUUUCUUCAAAAUAAAUGUUGAUUUUUUCUUCAAA